UGACACGUCGCGGACGGACAAAGACGCGCGCCCCUGAGCGAGAGGGCAGCGCCACCAUGGGGUCGUCAUCAGCCGGUGUCAGUCCGGAGAUGCUGGGCCUGGACGAAGCCUUGCUGAGCGUACUGUCAAGCAUUGCUGACACCCGUGUGGGCCUGUACCGGCUCAGCGAUGACUGCUACAGGUGUCCGUAUAAGCUGUUGGGACUCCUUGACGCGGGUCAAAACUACACCUUCAAGUUCAACACUAAACGAGGAUGGAUGCUAGCGGUUAAGAACAGCGACGCCGAAUACGUGUCCUCCGUAGACUCAGACAAGAAUGAGCUGUGUGCCCUGCAUGCCGGGCUGGGGGACAGGGGCGUCUACAGCCUGGCCGUCAGCUCGUCCGACUGCACCCUCAGCACGCUCCAGCAGCCGAACAACAUCUACACCCCGCUGUGGAUUUUUGCCGUGGUCUUGCUCGUGCUAGCAACGAUACACGGCCUAUGGUCCUGCGUCGCGGCCAGACUCCGGCGUUGCUGGAACGACGGCUCUGACCUGCCAUCUGGCGAGCUUCCCGAGAGGCUCGACUCGAAGCAGAAGUCAGCGAGGCUGGCCGCGCUUGACGUGUUCAGAGGGAUCACCAUCUUGCUGAUGAUCUUCGUCAACGAGUGGCAGGGCCAGUACUGGUUCUUCGAGCACGCCGCCUGGAACGGCCUGCUCGUGGCUGACCUCGUCUUCCCCUGGUUUAUGUGGAUAAUGGGUGUUUGCAUACCUUUGUCACUCGGAUCGCAAAUUCGGAAGGAGAAAUCGAUGACCAAAAUCAUUUACCACAUUUUCAAGCGUUCCUGGUGGCUGCUGCUGAUCGGCGUGGUGCUGAACUCUCUGGGCGGCUACAUGCGCCUCGAGACGUACCGUGUACCGGGCGUGCUGCAGCGGUUCGCCGUCACUUACCUGGUUAUGGCUCUGGCCACCCUACCCGCCAUGGCUCGCCGGCCCCGACUGCCCGAGGGUGGCGGGAUCCGAGCCGCUGUCUGUGACGUCACCAGUCUGUGGCCGCAGUGGCUUCUGGCGCUGGCUAUUGUGGCCGGGCACACGGCUGUCACCUUCUACCUGCCAGUGCCCGGCUGUCCAACGGGCUACCUGGGUCCUGGUGGUCUGUAUGACAACGCCAGUGUUCCGGGGUCAUGCAUAGGUGGCGCUGCAGGUUACGUGGACCGAUUGAUUGCAGGCGAUGCGCAUAUCUAUCAGAAUCCAACUGCAAAGCAUAUUUACGGUUCCGGUGCCUUUGACCCGGAGGGAUUUUUAGGCGUGCUGAUGUCGUGCGUGAGCGUGUUCCUGGGGGUGCAGGCUGGCAUGACGCUGCACCUGUACCGCACCUGGCCGGCCCGGCUGCGGCGCUGGGCCGCCUGGGGCCUGCUGACCGGUGCCGCCGCCGCAGCCCUCUGCGGCUGCUCUCAGGACGGCGGCCUCAUCCCCGUGAACAAGAACAUCUGGUCGCUCUCUUAUACCCUGCUGACGGCCAGUUUUGCAUUUUUCCUGCUGAUUCUGUGUUACGUCACCGUGGACGUGCUCAGGUGGUGGAGCGGAAGCCCGUUCUUCUAUCCAGGAAGGAACGCGCUGCUGAUGUACGUGGGUCACAUGAUGGCGUUCGAGCUGUUCCCGUUCCAGUGGGAGUACGGCGCCAUGGACAGCCACCUGUGGCGGCUGGCCGAGGCCCUCUGGGACGCGAAGAAGGUCAAGGACGCCCUGAGGACGGCAUUCGGGGUCGACAAGUUCGUGGCCUACGAGCUGUUCACCGCGCGCCGGCUAAGGGCAGGUGAGCCGGUAGACGUCUACCUGGCGGACCUGCAGCAGUUGGCGUCGGUGUUCGGCGGCCUCAGCGACGAGGGUACUGUCUCAGCGGUCUGGGUCGAGGCCGUGGGCAUGGACGACGCGGUGCUGAUGGACGCCAGGGAGGAGGAAGACGCUGCUUCCGGUGCGACCGGAUAG